GGCAGAAGGGCGGAAGGACUGACAUAGCAACAGCUUACGGCCGGCUUGAAAGCAAGCACUUUGGCACCAACCACGCCAGGAUGGAUCAAAGGAAGCUGGGCACAUCAGCAAAAAAUAACAAAGCAGAGGCCUGUCGAUACUUCUACACGUUCGACGAAGGUAGAAUACCUAUUAAAGUGGAAACUCCAGAGGAAGAAGAAGGUCAUGAAACAGCAGUGCAACCGAGUCACCACUUCUCAAUCACAUCUGACGGAAGCCUGGAUAUAGAUGUCCUUUGCAAGCGAGGAGGAGUCGAACUGCUGCCAAUAAACGGAGGAGUGGAGAUUGAUUCUCUCACGUUCCCAGAUGGCAAGUACAGCUUAGUACAACUUGCAGGGAACGCCAAGGCUUUCAAUAAAAGCCUAUUGAUCAAGGUCAACGUCCCCACAAAGGUCUAUCUGGUUGAGACUCCUGGUAGCGUGUCAAACUCGGACCGAAAAGCCUCCCAGCUAUCCAGCUGGUUCGGUGAGCAUUCAAUUGAAGCGCGGCAGCCUGCCACUGGUGAUCCACUGAAGAUUCCAUCCAAGCUGCUACUCCCAGGCGGAGUGAUCAAUUCCGUGCCUUGGCCUGGUAGUGAGGCUCUUUUGAUACUAGCACUGCACAGCCAAGUAUCCCUACAGGAGAUUUCACAAGAACGAUCUCACUUUGCACAAGGCCAAUGCGCAGUCUGUGGAUGGUGCCCGCAAGUCUCCUGUCCCUGGCAGCAGCUCCCCGUAGCAGAGGCCCUGGCCACGCUCCGAGCGCACAUCGAUACGAAACAUCCACAGCAGCAGUUUCUUGUUACACCAUUAGCGGACAGGAUGGAAACGUUGGCAAGGGAGGAGCAGUCAAAGGAAUAUGCCAUACUCAAACAGGAUGCGAAAAAAGGCAAACUGGGGCCAUUCCGGAGGUUGGCCUCAGUAGGACCGAAAAGAAAAGGAUGGAGCCGUUAUGCAGAGAGGUACAGCUGUAAUGUCUGCGGUCUCUCGUUCCAGACAUCCGUAGGGGCCAUGAAGAAGCACACGAAGGCCCACAAAAGAGGAGAGCUGAUGAAGAUCGGCAAAGUUAGAGUGAUGCGAAAUGGAAAAGCUGCCACCCCUGGACUUGGCAGUGUCCGGAACCUAUGGCGACCUGAGGGCCAUUUGCUGUCUACAAGUGCAGGUGCUUCAUCCUUUGGCCCAGACGCAAGAUUAGCGAAGAUAUUGAUACCCAAGACGGCCUGGAAAGACCUCAACGUGAAGAAUGAGAUAGUAUGCCGCAAAUGCACUACUUGGGAACUAGAACUCGAUCCAGCAGUGAUGUCGCUUCGAAUGCUGUCCAAGAGAAUAGACAUGAUGCGAAGCCACGAGAAAAAACGCAAAGGUGCAAACAAAAGAAGCAAGUGCAUUCAAAAAAGGAGUGGAACAACAGAUGCAAAAUGAAGAAAAGAAAGUGGAAAUUGAACAUGGAAGAUAAUUUGUCGCACGCGACAUAAAAAACUGCACCACCUCGCGCUAGGCACAUUCAUUCAUUCAUUCAGAGUUAGAGCGACGUCCUGAUGGAUCGAGAAGUGCGUAGUCCUGGAAUUUCUUAUGGUGCUGGGUGCUGUGGAGGGAUCAGAGCUUCCUCGGUGUACUCGUAUUGAUAGGAUCCACCCUAUGUCGGUUCGAAGGUCAAGCCAAUGGAAUGCCUUCUAAUAGGAUGCCUUUGAGUGUUGAUGAAGUGGGAGCAUAAACUAAUAUAAUGGAGGAGUUGAGCACCAGGAGGACCACGAUUCUUGUACUGCAUAACCGUCAAAAUCUACUCUCCAGGCGAUCAUUCUGGUUUCUGUCACAGUCUCUGUCUUGUAAAGAUUGCCUGUGGUCAUUUCUUCGCUACUAUCCCAUCAUCCUAUUGAGAUCGGAUUCGGUCUACAACAACAAGACGGAGACUUAUUUGUCGUCGAUAGGGCGCGUGUUCAUCGGUACAAAGGAUGAAACAAUCGAUAAUAUGGCUUACACAUUCCUUCGUGCACCAAAUUAACAAACAGCGUAUGUCUAGCUCCUGCUACUUUGCUGAGUAAUAAUUUCCUUGCCCUAGCAUAUGAAGUAUUUUUAACAAGCACUCUCAUCCCCGUGAUCUUGAAUUACUUCAUUCAAGGAACCCAACUGCUUCCCCACCUUUAUCGAAAUAUUUUCCGUGUCUUUCGAUCGUUUGAUUUAUCGUAGUAGUAAUUUUCGGUCCGGGAAGUAGCUGCACUCAUAUCCUUUCACGGUCUUGCCAGGAUAUGUGAGAAGCUAAUGGGCCAACUCU